AUGGCAGCCUCAAGACGGGGCGGCCAGGCGAUGUCGUCCUUGUUCAAAGUGCAAACCACAGCGGCCUGCACGCGGUGUGCCAAGACACGCACCCCGUUCCUGCCGGCAGCGAUCCUGCCCCCACAACACCGCACAUACUCUGCCGAGGCCACGGCAUCGUCACCACAACAACAAUCCUCUACUCCGGCAGCAGCACCGCCACCCGCCACGGCGCCCGACUACCGCAUCCGAGCUGGAUUGUUGCUCAGCCGGCCGCCACUCCUAAUGCGCGACCCCACCCCCUUUGAAGCCGCCUUCUACCUCUAUCAAAAGCGCCUCAAUGAGCGCCUGACGACCUCGUUCCGUCGCAAUGUCUACUUCAAGCCCGACACGACGCUGGCGCUCGACUGGCGCCUGCAGAUGCGCGACCGCAAGGGCACGCCCGCCCGCGACAUUGGCCACUACCGGGGCGGCAAGGGCGGCAACGGCUUCGGCGGCGCCACGGCUUGGGACGACGAGUUCACGCUGAACGACCCAGAGGCCAACAUGCUGACGAACCCGGACAGUCUGCGCGAGCGGAUUGUGUCGGACGCCGACUUGCGCGUCAGCGACGACGGUGAGCGGCUGGCCGAGGCGGAUCGUAUCCGCGUGGAGCGGCCGCAGAAGCGGAUCACGGCGGCCGACGAGACCAACGACACACAGCGGCUCGACCGCAAGCUGGACCGCACGUUGUACUUGGUGGUGAAGGCGGCGGACGGCACGUGGAGCUUCCCCACGGCCGACGUGCAGACGAACGAAAACCUGCACGAAACUGCGGCGCGCGCGCUCGAGUCGGCGGCGGGUGUCGAUAUGAACACGUGGAUAGUCGGCCGCGUGCCAGUGGCACACAUUGUGCGGGAAACGACCCCAACUGCCGAGGCGGCCUUUACCAGCGAGAAGACGUUCCUGAUCAAGGGCCGCAUCUUGGCGGGCCAGGCCAACCUGGAGAAUAACACACUUGGCGUCGACGCGUUCCAGUGGCUGACCAAGGAGGAGCUAGCUGCGCAUCUGCCCAAAUAUUACUACGCUGGCGUGAAGAAUGCCAUUCCGCAGCGGUAA